AGAGGCUGCGGUGGAGAAGAAGAAGAAGAAAGGGAAGCAGCGGUAUCUCCGUUAGCGGGUUGUCAUGGAGAUCUCUGUUACCAUGGAGGACCACACUGAUGUUGCCAUGGAGAAUAAGACAGAGGUCCCAGCCUCCAGCACCCCGUCCCCUCCUGACAAAGAGCAGGCGAAGCCUGCAGCUCGCCAGACACGCCGACUCACCUUAGGGAGGCGGGGCCAGAAAGGAAAGAGGCGGGGCCCUACAGAAAAGAGACGGGGUACUGGGGAGAAGAGGCGUGGUCAGAAGCAGAAGAGGCGGGGUCAGGAGGAAAAGAAGGAGGGCGUGACAGUGAAGAGGACAUGGAGCGGGGGGAAGCGGCGGUGGGACAAGAAGCAUUACUGCGUGUUCUGCCGCCGACCGCAGGUAAAGAUCGCCCGGCACCUGCUGAGGAAGCAUGCCGAUGAACAGGAAGUGGUGUCUGCCAGCGCCCUGCCAACGGGCUCCAAACAGCGCCACCUGCUGCUGGAACACCUGCGCUGCCGGGGCAACUACCUGCACAACAUCGAGGUGAUCCGGCAGGGCAGCGGUGAGAUCGUGCCGUGGCGUCAGCCCUCGGAGGAUGUGGAUGCGAGGAACUACCUGCCCUGCCCGCUCUGCCUCGGGUUCUUCCUUCGCGCUGACCUCUGGAAGCAUCAGGUGUCCUGUCGUAAGAAGCUCGGCAUCAACCCGUCCGAAGCUGAGGCAACCUCUGACCCCACCAACAACACCACGUCUGAUUCCACAGGUAAGUCAGCCUGUGAUGUCACCAAAGAGAACAUACCAUCAGAUUCUUCCGGAGAGACAAUAGAGACUGGGACCUCUGACACUGGGACCAAACGGCCCAUGACCUCCGACCCUGGUGUGGAUCAGAACGCAACCACUGACCCCAGUGAGAAUCGACCCAGGAAGCGUACGAGAGUCCAGGCUGCGGCGUCGCGCCUCCUGCCAAUCUCCAGCGGAGCGUCCGAGAGCUGCAGUGAAAUCCUGCACCGCAUGAACCAGGACAACGUGUCCUACGAGGUGAAAUCUGAUUGGCUGAUCUGUAAAUAUGGGAACAAGCUGAUGGGAAACCAGGACGGUGGUCAGAGGAGGUACGACUAUGUGAGCCAGAAGCUCAGGGAACUUGGCAGGUUGCUCCUAGCUGCUAAAUCGCUCGACUCCGGCGUUCAGAGCCUCCAGGACCUGCUGGCCCCAGGUCGCCUCAGCCUGGCGCUGUCCGCUGCCAGGAAGGCAGCAGGGUACCGGUGGAGCCGCCCUCCGCUGGCAGUGAAAACGACGCUGAAGACGGUCUGUGAGAUUGCUAUCGGAGAGAGCCUGCAGGACGGAGACUGGGAGGCCGCCGCCAAGACCACUGACUUCUACCACAUGCUUGGGCGGGAGUGGGACAAUCUGGGGCUGCAGAACCCGGGUCCAGAUCCAGCUGCUCCAGAAGAAGGAGUUAAGCUGAAGAAACGACCGAUCCAGCCUAGAACGGAGAAGGACCUCAGACCACAAGUUCUGUCAAAGAGCUCUAACAAACCAGUGACCUCUGUGAUUCCUCCUGAAGCCAGAUUGCAGGCUGCUGUCACAGUCCCUGUGGCUCCCAGGAAGGUCCGACGUCGGCCUUGGACCUCUGCCGAGAAGGAGGCCAUCUGGAGGCAGUUAGGUGUCCAUGUUCUGGUCCAGUCAGUACCGGGUAAAGAGGUCUGUCAGCGCUGUCUGGACCUAGAACCUGUGCUCAGGGGGCGGCACUGGAAGGACAUCAAGAACCAGGUCCACAACCAGAUCCAGAGCCAAAAGAAGCAGCAGUUCCAUGCUCAGAUGGACCUUGAGGAGAACCAAGAACACCAAGACCAGAUUGAAACCCAGAACCAGAAAAAACAGCAGCACCAAUACCAGGCUCCAGUGGAUCAACAGGGCAAGGACCACAGCCAGAACCAGAAGAAACCACCGUACCAGCCCCAGAUGGAUCAGGACAGCUCUCAGAAUCAGAAGAGACAACAGUAUCACAUCCAGAUGCACCACCAGGUCCAGGACAGCAUUGAGAACCAGAAGAAACUGCAUGAGCACACCCAGCUGGACCACCAUGACCACCUCCACAUCCACAAAAAGCAGCUGUGUCUCCCUAGACUAGACCACCAGGACCACAGCCAGGUCCUUAAGAAGCAGUUGUACCACAUGGACCAGCAGACCCAGCCCCUGCAGCCCCUGGACCGGGACACGACUCUUCUGACGGUCACGCCUUACGGACCUGACGGGCCACAUCGAGCCCCUGGGCACUCGCUGCUGGAGCGGGAACCCUCCCUCACCCCAUACCCAAUUCUGCACAGACCUCCAGGUCCUCACAUGGACCAGCUGCUGCCCAGAGCAGAUUGGACUGAGGAAGCUUUGGCUCAGAACUAUCCAAUCAACAGGACACUGGGCAGGAACCUGCUCCAGGAUGUACCCCCAGUAGGACCGCCCCCUGAUCCACAUUCAGGACAUGUACACUUCUGAUGGACCAGGACCUACCUAAGGAUGGUCCAGUUCUAGAGAACACUAACAAUGGGUUUGGCCUCAUUUAAGGGCCCUGUAUGAGAUAUGGUAGCAAACAGACCUUCUGCUUUUAUAAUAACACAUUUAAACUUUGUUAGAAGGUCCCUGAUCUUCCUGUGUGAAAUGAGUGUUCCCUCCCUACAGGACCAUAACACCCUGUAUGUUCAGGCAGACCCAUUAGGUCUGGUUCUGACAUGUCAGAGCUCCGAGGUGCUGUCAGACAGGUGAACCUGUCAGAGCUGAGAGAGUAGAACCAGACCAAGCUGUGAUGUACCUCAUUUACACCAACGUGGGGUACACUGGUACCAAACAACCAAAACCAUCCCCUUACUGAUCCGAUGUUGGAGCCUGUGAUGUCAGUGUUUCUGGGAGGAGCUGGAAGCUGACUGAUGGUUGGCAGAUUCUGAUUCUGUCCUCCGUGGUCUGACCCUACCCCAAAUUCAGUCUUAACCCUGUAGGAAAGUGUCUGGUUCUCUAAAGGCCCUGAGGCAGUGUUUGUGUAAAAGAGGUAAAACAGGACUCAGCUGGAGCUUCAGACUUUUCUCCUAAUUUAACCAUGAAGGUGUUUCAGAGUCUCCGUGUGUUUGGUGUCUCCACUACAGUCUGAUUCCACUCACAGUUUUCUGAGUGAUAAAGAAAUUAAAUUCAAUUUUAUUUAUAUAGCACCAAAUUAUAAUAGUCG